CUAUUGUGUCGCUGUAAUUCGCGCAUACCGCAUUCCAAGAUGACCGCCGCCAUCACCAUGGAAGGCGGCCAACGCAUCUAUCAUCAUCCAUCGCAGCGGCACGUUGACAUCCCAUCGAUGGAUUUGCUGACCCUGCUUUUCGAAUCUGAGCACAGCCUUGCACAAGACGAUACCAUUCUUCACGUCGAGGCGGAUGACCCAGAGAACAAGCUCUCCAAGGCUGAGCUUUGUAAACUCCUCCAGAACAUCGCACACGGAUUGCGGCACCGAUUCGGCAUCGGACGUAGCGGCCCCAAUAAGGACACAAUUACCGUCAUCUCAUAUGGCCAGAUAUUGGCUCCAGCCCUCCUAUUUGGCAUCAUUGCCGCAGGAGGUGUGUACUCUGCUGCAAGCCCAAGUUCCACUGUGGCAGAGCUGGCCCGUCAAGUCAAGAUCGGCAAGUCCAACCACAUUAUAUGCGGAGCUGAGCACAAGGAUGUCGCAACGGCAGCUGCCAAAGAAUGUGGAAUCUCGCUGAGAAACGUUCUGGUCCUGAACUCGGGCAAAGGAGCAUGGAAGCUGGAAUCCCUGGAGGGACAAGUCAGCGCCAUCUCCAAGUCUAAGCUGAAAUGGCGGCAGAUCUAUGACCCAGCCGUGCUGAAGGAAAGCCUCGUUGUUAUCCUAUGGUCCUCGGGCACAACAGGUCUGCCCAAGGGCGUCAUGCUUAGCCACACCAACUUGGUGGCCGAAACAUAUCUGAUAGCACUGUCAGGCCGGCAAUGGGCGGUUCGUGAGACUGAAGCGGGCAGACCACCGGAACCGAAGGAGUAUCGCACGCUUGCGCACCUCCCCAUAUCUCACAUUGCAGGUCUUCAUGGAUAUUUGAUUGGCCCAAUUUACUCCGGCUGCGAAGUAGUAUGGAUGGGGAAGUACCGGUGGGACGACUUGUUGAGGAAUUUGAAGCGAUACACGAUCACAGUGCUCUAUACCGUUCCAUCAAUUUGGCUGCGGAUCAGCAAAAGCCCAGAAAUUGGGCCCGAGCAUUUGGGUAGUCUAGAAGGUGCGAACACGGGUUCCGCCCCAAUGGACGCGGAGCUGCAAAAGGCCAGUAACGCUCGGAUUGGUGAUGGCAAGUCGAUAUUUGUUGGGCAGACAUGGGGUCUUUCGGAAACGACAGGAGCAGUCACAGUUCAACCUAAGGGCGAAGUUGACGACACAGGCUGCAUUGGAUCCAUUGUCCCAACCGUCGAACUGCGCAUGGUUGAUGACGAUUUCCGGGACGUCGAACCGGGUCAGGAAGGCGAACUUCUCGUUCGAAGUCCACUGGUGACUCGCGGAUACUUUGAUAACCCAAAGGCCACUGCCGAAGCCUUUCAUGAGGGAUGGUUCUGCACAGGCGAUAUCGCUGUGUUCCGGAAUGGAAAGUUCUACGUGGUAGACCGAAAGAAGGAAUUGCUGAAGUAUAAGGGCUUGCAAGUUGCGCCUGCCGAGAUUGAGAAUCUCUUGUUCACGCACCCGAAAAUUCGAGAAGCGGCUGUCGUUGGCGUUCCGGCUCCCAAUGAUCCGGGAACGGAUUGGCCAAGGGCAUAUGUGACGCUCGUGGAAGGUGAGAAGGCAAGUGAGGACGAAGUGAAGGAAUUCGUGAAGCAGAGGCUGGCGCCAUACAAGCAAUUGAGAGGGGGAGUCGUGUUUGUAGAUGAGAUUCCCAAGAAUGCUGUUGGUAAGUUCUUGCGGAGAGAGCUGAGGGAACGAGCAAAGCGGGAGAUCAAGAGCCAAGGGGCGAAAUUGUAAGACACAGCGUCCGUGCGAUAGAUCUGAUAGCCAAAUCACUGCCUCAGAG